UCGAGUGCCCAUACGAAAUACAAAUUGGGUUACAUUUCAUGCAAAAAUCAACUUUGCCAAGACCGAUUUCGAACGGACACAGCGUCAAACAGACCUUCACUCAAUCAUCAAGAGCCAGCUUAGAGCUGACAAUGGCCAGAGGAGAAGAAUUUACAGAGAACCACCAAUUCUUGCAGAAAGGUUGACACUCCUGGCAUCUCCACCACUGUUUUCCCGCGGUUUUCACAGCGCAGCUGCUUCUUCUCUGAGCCGACUAAAACAGCUUGCAGUUCGGCAACAAACUACGCUUUUGCAAGAAAUACUGGUGGAGGCACAUGCCAAACAUAUCCCUUCGGUGCUUUCGUCGUAACCGAGGGAUUGCAAGUUAGCAAUUAGCAGAAAUAUGUGUGUAUUUCGAGUCACCUCUGAUCAGUACGGACUUAGAGUACCCUCCGCGACACAAAAAUUUGAUAUGAAAAAUCAGCGAACUCCAGAGAAACAGAUCGGAUCGAAAGAUGGCCUGGUUCAAUCGAGCCUGGCCUCAGAACAAACUUGGACAAGAUACCUUCCAUCCACGAGCAGGAUUCUGGCAAGUGAUCAUUGCUAGUGUGAGUUUCAGCUCGACAAACACACACUGUAAAAGUGUACGGACUUCGAGUACCUGGGUCUACGACUCCCUGAUCCAAAGUCAAAGAGUUUGCAGUGCAGUGCUGAUCAUGGUGAUUUACGGUUUGCUCUUGCUCAGACUUUUUCGGUCUGCGUAGCGAGCCAUUCGAUCGAUAGGGACGGUCUGGGUUCCGGGAAUCUCUGGUGGCCAGGUGAUCAAUUAAUAGUUGGGACAUUAUUUCGUAAGCUUCGAGGUCGUGGCAAGCAGUUCUGGAAGAGGAAGACAAGAGUGAUUGGUUCAAGCUGUGGCCCUGUGGGCAGGCUUUGUGCUCCGCCUCUGCAUGGCACAAUGCCGGACAGUGUGAAAUACAACAUCAAGUACUUAUUUGCAAAUUUGGAUGCGUCCACAAUCUUGGAAGAUCUACUGGAGAGUGAUGUUCUGGACGAAGAGGAAUAUAUUGGCGCACCUGCCAAGGAGGACAAGUUCAAGCUGGCAGAGUAUGUGGUGAGGCUGAUGCUGAAGAAAACGGACGAACAGGUGGAGACGCUCCUGAAUCUGAUUCAACGCAGCCAGCCUCAUGUAGCGGAACAUGUCGCCAGUACCAUGGCGAAGCGCCGCGGUGCAACUGCCAGUGGGGAUACUGACCAUCCGGCGAAGCCAAUGUCGGCAGACUGUGAGUCAACACGUGGCUCGUCCUCCGAUGCUACCAUGACAACGGCUGGACAACAGAAAACACAACAAUCAGUCCACACAGAGGGAGGUAGUGAGACUGGUCAACAACUGUCCUCCAGCAGACAUACAGCAACAGACAAACAAGCAACAUCAGCUUUAGCAACAACCAGUGCAACUAGUAUGGGUACAACAAGGAGUACUGGACUAACUACAGCUCAGGUUUCAAAAACAUCAUCACAUUCAAGCAACUCAUCUCUACCAGACCUGGACGAACACUUCACUGGCAGGGAUGACAUUGUUACAGAGAUCAGUCGCAACAUUCUCACAACAAUGUCCAAGUCAUCAUCUACACGAGUGCAGAGUCUUGCGGCACCAGCUGGUUUUGGGAAGACGUCCGUAGCCAUUGCUGUGGGACAUGUAUGUCGCAAUGCUGGUUGUCGUGUGGAGUUCUUUGACUUACGCGGUGUAGCUGGUGUUGACGCUGUCCAGGCAAUGAUUCAAAACCGACUCGAAACAAACCCAGCUUCGUCUGAAACUUGCGGUAUGACAACGAAAUCAACUGAUGGCAGGGAUGAUGAUGGUGGCAAACACCACAUGUUAUGUAUCCUAGACAAUGCCGAAGAUGCUAUCCAUGCUGGUGCUGAUAAAGAUCUCCAACUACAAGAUGUCAUCCAGCGACUACUACGACAACAACACAAUGUCCACAUCCUACUGACAAGUCGUGUAUACUUUGACCUACACGCUGCCCAGUUUAAACUACAACAACACCGUCUUGUUAGUCUGACAAAAGUUUGUGCUGUUGAUCUUCUCCAUGGUCUAUGUGUUGAAGGUAGUGUGAGCAUUGAAGAUGCGCAGAGGUUGGUGGAUCAUUGUGGAUAUGUCCCACUUGCUGUGCGCAUUACAGCUGGUCUUCUACAAGGCGGUCGAUUAACUCCCGCAAUGUUGCUGUCGUUGUUCAAGAAGAUUGGCCUAGAUGUGUUUAACGACGAUGUUCUGAAACCGAAUCAUCGAAUUCUGCAGCUGUUGAAAAUAGCAUACAACACAUUACGUCAGACUGACAAGGAGUCAUUCCAUGCUCUCUCUCAACUGCGCUCCUCCUUCUCAUCUAAAUGUGCUUGUACAAUGGUGGGUUUUGUUGGUGAUGAUGCUACUGUGGUUCAUCUUCUGCGUUUUGAUCCGUUGAUCAAGAUUUGUUUCCUGGAUUACAAUUCGUAUUUGGAUCGCUACUCUUUGCAACCAUUCAUCGCCGAGUUUGGCCGUUACCAAUGCCCUGAAGACAAGCAAUGCAUGUACCAACAGCGAAUGUGCAAGCAUUUCCUUGGCUUUGUAAAGAAUGUUGAUUAUCGUAGAGGUUGUGGUGCAGAGAAAGCAAUGUACUGGAGUCACCAACUGCUUCAGGAAAUCGGGAACAUCGAGAAUGCAAUGUCAGUUGUUGAUCUAUUGCCCGAUGAUGAACUUCUUCCUUUCUCUAGAUUAGCGACAUGUUCUGGUUUGUUUGUGGCUGUGUUUGGGAGAACAACACUUGUUGCAGCGUUUGGAGACAGGUUUCGACGAUUGCACAAGGCACCGCUAUCCGUUCAAGUAUUAGUUGACAGCCUCUGCACCUCGGUCCUGUGUAGGAUUACCAGUGCCGGUAAAGCAGCAGGUUCUGACAUCAAUUUUGAUGAUUUGGAUCUCGAAGCCCAAAAGCUUCUGUAGAGAUGUAAGCAGGAACAAACAGGAGAGCAGUCACAGCUGCAGCUGGCAUUGAUUCAACUUUCUCUGGAGUCAUGCCGGACAUCCAUACGUCGGGUUAUGAACUGCUUUGAAGGAAAAUCUGAGCUCAGCCAUGAAACACUAUCCCGUCUUCAGGUAGUGUACCAGCGUCUUACAACAACACUGAGAAUGGGUCUUGCAACAGGUGUCCCUGAAUGUGCCCUGAAACUCAUUCAACUGUAUUGUUCCACUCUGCUCAACAAGGAUAUUCCCAAUGUACAGGUUGUAGAAGACCUUGCAGAGAGAGUAAUCUCAUCACGCUUCCUAUCACAGGAUGGUGCAGUCGAUUCAUGUGCUACAAUGUACUACUUUCUGCAACAGUACAUUGUUGUGAUCCUGGGCAAGGUCAUGUCAAGUUCCUGUAGCAGUGAGUGGAUUAUUUCACCAUCAUUGAUUACAACACUGGGUAUACCACUGUGCGAAUUGAAACAUGUACCAACUGCUGUCAGUCGCUCGGUCAAUGCCAUUGACGACUAUACCACUAUGGCAGAUUUACAGAUACAACGGUACCUGCACUCCAUGGAUAAUGACACAGUGUCCACACUACUGGUCAUGUACAUGGGUGGUAUGUACAACAUCCUGUACAUAUCCUUGGUAGUAUAUGGAAGGGCAUCCGCAACUCCAAUGGGUCUCACUCUACCAGCACAGCAUCCCUACAACAUUGUGAAGGACUAUGUCAGGAGAUGGUGUCAUUGCUCAAAUCCAGCAGAUCACACAACAGCACUGAUUAACAACUGUAGCCAGAACAAGGUACCUGAUGUGGAAGUGAUGCAGUCUUGUAUACUGACGGCUAGAGCAAUGCAGAAGUUCGAGAAUACGUUCGUAGUACCUGUCGAUAGUUCCAAACUCUUCCCAGCACUGAAGUCAUUGGUUAAUGAUCUCAGUGCUUGCCUGCCAAGAAAUUGUGCAACUGGUCUCUCAGUUUCUGGAAUUGUGUACUUACCACCACCUGCUGUGGACGAUUCUGUGCUAUACAUCUCUCUCACUGCUGCCCUACAUCAUCAAUCCAAGAGAGGCCAAGUGAGCAUUGAUCAUCACAUUGCACUACGGGAAUGGUGUCCACGUGUAGCAGCAUGUUUUGUCUGCUAUGACCUGGACAACAUCACAGCAUGUCCUCGUUGUGGCAUGGCUUACCUGUGUGGCAAACAUCGUCAAACUGAUGAACACCUAAGUGAACACAACCAACACUGUGCUAUGCUGGCAGCAC